AUCCUCCCUUGCGUCGCAAUGGCGCAUCGCUCUGCCCCUUUCUCACUGGCAACUACAAGCCAGCAACAGGACCGUCCCCACGACCGGCGCGACCGUCGCGGCCUUCAACUCGACCGCCGCGACGAGCUGCGCGACCGUCGCGAUGGCCAGCGCGACUGCGGGGGCGACCUGAGUGACCGUCGUGGCCUGCAGCACAACCGCGACGGCGACAAGCAUGCGGACGACGCGCCCGCUGUUCCUAUCACGCCUGCAGCACCAGACGCCGCCGCACCUGCCGUCUGCCACAUCUGCGUCGCCCGCCAUGUGCCUGAAGUGUGCUCUGCCGCGGCUGCCGCUAUGGGGGGAAGGCUGCGGGGGUGGUGGCUGUGA